UUCUUCACAUACCAUUCUUUCAAAUUAUACUACUUCCAAGAGUCCACAGCUUUCAUUACCUACAAACCAUUCCAUACUCCAGAAGAAUGGCCCCUAAAAUCGGUCUCAUCAUCUGCAGCCAGCGCACUCCUCGCGCUGGCCUUCAGAUCGGCGCUUCCAUUCUGAACGAUCUACAAGGCACCGACACUGUUCGGAUGAAUGCCAUCGCUCUCUCACUCAUCGAUCUCCAACAAUGGAAUCUCCCCAUGUAUGACGAGCCGGGUAUCCCGUCGCAGAUCCAUUCUUCAGACCAAUAUGCCCACCCGCAUACGCGGAGAUGGUCGGAAGAGAUCACGUCGUAUUCGGCUUUUGUGUUCGUGACGCCGCAGUACAACUGGGGAUAUCCGGCCAGCAUCAAAAAUGCAAUUGACUAUCUGUAUAACGAAUGGAAAGGGAAACCCGCUAUGAUUGUGAGUUAUGGCGGGCACGGUGGCGGGAAGGCGGCGGAGCAGUUGAAGCAGGUGUUGCAUGGUGUCCGGAUGAGACCGGUCGAGCGAACGGUGGGCUUGACCUUCCCUAGCAAGGAGACUCUGAUGAGAGCUGCGGAGGGGCGGGAAAUGGAUCUGUCUUUUUGGGAGAAAGAGAGGAGAGAGGUGGUGGAGGUGUUUGAUGAGAUGGUUGCGUUGCUGAAUCAAGCAUGAAUUUGUUGCCGAUCGGAUGACGGAGCCGAAUAUGUAUAUCCCUCAUG